CAUGAGCUUGCUUUCAUUCAUAAUCCCCCAUCAGAACUGAUCCCCUGCCCAAGCCUGCCUGCAUUGGAUUCCCUCAGUUCACUCAACUUCUGCUGGUGCAUCUGCCUCACUUCUGACCAGCCAGGUUCAGUCAUUCUUUGUUCAACAUCCAUCGUAGGUUUGCUCCAAUCAAUCGCAAUCGCAACUGCAUACGUAGCCGAGCCCCGAUAUCAGACUAUCAUUCAAAGCCUCAGGAAAGCUUGUACCCACUUUACAAGUACACUUGAUACAGUAGGAAAACUCCCUGCACGCACCACAACAUCCCGUCAUCUGUGGGACGGUCCGCAAAACGAAUUAUUGCCAACGACACCAAACUAGCCCGCCCGACCAACUGACAUUCACCUCCGCCUCUACCUAGUUCCCUCCCCCUCAAUUCACACAUCCAUCAGCGAUCCACCCUUGGCCCUCUUCCAUCCCACAACCACAAUCGGAAUUCUUGCCCUCGGGGAUUCGUCAAUGGCCUGUGACAACCGUUAGUAGCUGUGUCUGGCGUGCUGCGUGGGAGUCUUCCCCGCUCACCGGGACACGGGAUUGAAAAUACCACGGCGAUAACAGGACUUGCUUGCUUCUACUUGCAGAAGGGAGCUGCUUCUCCUCUGCCACUCCGCGACGAAGCUAGGCAUAUACUCGCGCCAUAUCAUACUUUACAAUGUCGCAUGAACGCAGCACGCCAUCAUCCCCCGGAUCCGAGGACUUUGCUGCGGUCCAUUCGACUUCGGGCACCAAUUAUGCCAACCUGCCCCCAGGCAUUGCCGAUGGCCAUGGGCAUCUUACGCUGAUAGAGAAAUUUGCGAUGGGUAGAGGCGAAUCGAGCUUUCAUGCAUUGGCGGGUGCGGCAGGAGGUUUUACAUCGGGGGUGGUUACUUGUCCAUUGGAUGUCAUUAAAACCAAAUUACAGGCACAAGGAGGCUUUAGAGCGGCCCAAGGAGCGGCGGCUUCUUUGGCGACUCGGGCGAGAUACAGUGGCAUGGUGGGUACGGCCAGAGUCAUUUGGAGAGAAGAAGGCUUGAAGGGGCUGUAUAGAGGAUUGGGACCGAUCAUUUUGGGCUAUCUUCCAACGUGGGCGGUGUGGUUUACGGUCUACGGAAAAUCGAAAGAUUUCUUCUCGCAUUACAACUGUAUGAGUUGGAAGUCCCUGGGAGGUUCGAGGAACUUGGCUGACGUUGGCAAUAGCAAAUGUGAACGUGGUAAAUUUGAGCUCAGCAAUCGUCGCCGGAGGUUCUUCGACCAUGGUCACCAAUCCGAUAUGGGUGAUCAAGACCCGACUGAUGUCGCAAGUUAGCAGAAAAUCCAUGUCAACUGAUGCACGACCACCAUGGCAUUACAAAUCCACAUUCGAUGCGGCUAAGAAGAUGUACAGAACAGAAGGAGUUCUCUCCUUCUAUUCCGGUCUUACACCAGCACUUUUGGGGUUAACGCAUGUUGCUGUACAAUUUCCUGCAUAUGAGUAUCUCAAAAGAAGAUUUACCGGCCAAGGAUUGGGCGAGUCUGUGGAGGGUGAUGAAGAACACCAUGUUCUUGGAAUUUUAUCCGCCAGUGUACUCAGCAAGAUCAUGGCAAGUUCAGCAACAUAUCCCCACGAAGUCAUACGAACUAGACUGCAGACACAACAACGAUCCAUGCCAGCAACUUCCACCGAAUAUGCAGCGUUCCGCGGUGGUCUUGAAGGGGGCGAAUAUAAACCUUCGGGCAAGGCAACAACCACAGCGACAUUACCAAAAUAUAAAGGAGUCGUCAUGACUUUCAAGACCAUUUUGAAAGAGGAAGGAUGGAGGGCUUUUUAUGCUGGAAUGGGGACCAACAUGAUGCGUGCGGUGCCAGCAGCUACUACUACCAUGGUUACAUAUGAGUAUGUAAUGCAACAUCUCAACCACGCCAAGGCGGAAGGUCUCCAUAAAUCUGAAGGAGACCUGUAAGGCAUGGGGAAAGUACAUAUGGGGUUUGUAUAGAUCUCGAGGAAGCUACUCACGUCUUGUGUUUUGGGGUUUUGUCAAAAGGAUGGAGGCACACGUGCAUUCUGCCGUUUUUCAUUUUCCGAUUCAGCAUGUUAUACCGGACCACAACUGGGUGGAACGAGUCGAUUGGUAACUAAAUGCAUUUGGGUUGGGUGCUGGGUUGUUAAGGGGAAUAGUACAGCGUGAAUAUCUCGGAUACCUUUGAACCCUCUUGAUUUGGGGUUUUUGUAGCAUAGAUGGGAGAGGCGCCAUCGUUGGCAUUGGUUGUCUUUCGGAUUUCACAAUUCUUAAUGUUCU